AUGAACUACACACCCUACUAUAUGAUGAUGCAGCAAUUGUAAUAAAUCCCAUAAAUACAACAAUUUCCUCAGAUGGCUCCCAUGAGAAUUCCAAUGAUACCCUAACCACCCUAGUUGCAAACCAUACCCUAGCCAACCAUGCCAUUUUAAAUGCAGCAACAGAAUCCGGUUUAAUAAAAAGUCGAUCGAGACAUUCCUGUGUCUGUCAAAGGCACAAAAGUGAAACUAAAUCUCAAGAUGAUUAAGGAUCUACCCUUAGAAGAUGACAGCAUCCUAGAUUAUGAUGAAAUUAAAAAGUAAAGUGGAGAUCACAAAUACAUAAAUUUGAAAAGAAAACGCCGACUUCUAGAUCAGUAGGAAGCACCCUUGAUGUAGACCAGAAGGAGGAGUGAAUAAUCAUAAUAAAUAAGAGAAAUGUUGAAAGUUGAUGACAAAGACAUGACCAUUAUUUUAGAGGCUUAUCCUGAUACCAAAACCCUACUCUAAGAAUUAAGAAAAGGAAACUUGAAGAGGGAAAUUGAAAAAUUGUUACCCAAGUGAAUUUGACUAUUCUUUCCAUCAAUUUCUUAA